AUGGCGGCAGUGAACCAGGCAUGCCCGCACAGGACGCACUGCGCCUCGCCGCAUGGCAGCCGCCGCGACGACCAUCCCUUCAAACCGCGGCCGACGGACAGGCUUGUGGGAUGGGCGCCGGGCGCCACCGACGUCCGGGUCUUCAGGGCGGACCGCUGGACAGACUGGAACGCGGACAAGGCCAGGACCAUGCAGGAGAUGAGUGGGAGCCGCGACUCUGGCUGGUGCGGACACAACUGGCGCGACGGCAACCCGGGGCGUCCAAAUGGCGCCAGCUUCAGUGGCGACAUCCGCAUCCAAGUCGAUGGGCGGAAUGGAUUCAAUGGUCGGGCUCACGGCCGGUGCGGCGUUCCCGGCGUUGGCAGGAUUGAUGCAUGUGUCGAAGGCGGGGCGUUGGCGCGGAGCGGGGGGACGGCGAGGAGGGGCAUGGGCGGAGGGGACGAGGCGGGCGGCGGCCUGGCGCGCGAGGCCUAG